AUGGCUUGUUUAAGUCCUAAAGAUAACUUCUCAUCCUUUGAUAAAGAUAAGGUACUUAAACUUGCCUCUUUUUAUCCCGAAGAAUUUUCAAGCUUUGAUUUGAUGGCUCUUGAAUAUCAACUUGAUGUAUUCAUGGAGAAUAUGCUAAAUGAUGAAAGAUUUCAAGGUUUAAAUGACCUUAAUUCUCUUUCUAUGAUGCUUGUUAAAACCAAUAAGCAUAAGACUUUUCCUCUUAUUCAUUUGCUUAUCAAGUUGAUGUUGAUUCUUCCCGUUGCCACGGCAAGUGUUGAAAGAGUGUUUUCUGCAAUGACAUGUGUCAAAAACAAGUUGCGAAAUAGCAUGGGUGAUCAACUUAUGAAUGAUUGUUUGGUCACUUUUAUUGAGAAGGAUGUCUUCUUACGAGUUUCCGACGAAAAGAUUAUUGAUCGAUUUCAAAGUAUGAAGACUCGAAGAAUGAACUUGUAA